ACAGAUGGCAGUGCUGAUAUUACUACUCUUCCUUGUAGUGCACACUUUGGCUCUACCUGAUAAUGAUAACUUUAUUCUCUAUGCAGAAGACAUCGGGGGAUACCCUGUUGUCUCGAGUGACGGUUAUCUCUAUCUCGUAGGAUCAAACAUUACAAAAGUCAACCUUCCCAAUAAGGUGGCAGAGAAAGAAAUUGAGAUUUAUCAUGAUAUUUCAAGUCCUACCAAAAUUACAAGCUUUGACAAAGGUGUCCUCAAUAACGAUGAAUCUCUGCUUCUAAUGUACUCUGAAGGCUCUUCUGGGCCUAAUUGAGCCAGAAUUAUAGUCAUAACGACAACAGAUUUGGUAAUGCAACAAGACAAUUGCUUCAAAAUAGAUACUGACAACAUAUUUGGCCCUCAAAUAGUUGAUAUUAAGCCUUUAGCUUCUUCCAUUGCUGGCACUAGCAACAUAUUUUAUGCCGUUGGAUAUCAUAUUGACCAUAUUUCUGGAGGAAAUACAGCUUUUAUUCUUGAGUUUGAGGUCUUAGAUACCUACAUCACCAACAUUCUCAAAUAUAAAACUUUAAACAGCAAUUUUGAGACCUCUGGAGUUACUAAGGGAUUUACAAGUUUUGAUUUUAGCAAAGAUUCAUCAAAUUUGCUGAUUUCAGGAAUUAUUAAAGACUCCGUCACAGAGUAUAUUUCAGUCAUUUCCAUUAGCAGAGAUUAUAUGGCAAUUAAUUGGAUGAAAUACAUUCAGAAAAAGUCAUCAUCUACUCUAAAUACAAGUACCAAGGAAACAAUGAGUAAAUAUGAUUCUGCGAACGACCAAGUUAUAGUCUGCACAAGAUUCAACAACUUCAAUACCACUGAUUAUUCAAAUAAGGAUUAUUUGUAUCUCUAUGCCAUUAAGGUAUCCGAUGGGUCCCUUAAUUGGGAGAUCCAGUUUGAGGACUACGCGACAAAUAGGAUUCAUGACUUUGACUUUACAAUCCACAAAGAGUUCAAUCAAAUAAUUUUGAUGAACUCUAAUGGUGAUUCCUCUUACUACCAUACCCAGACGAUCAACCUUCUAGAUGGAAGCUUCAUUCAUAAUGUGCAAUUUGACAUCUUAUUUCAUUAUCAGCUUGCAGGGAUUGCCACGAUGCAUGAAAGUUCAGGGACUUUUGAGACAGAUGACUAUAUUUUUACAGGUGUGGGUGGUUACAUCUUCAAAAUCAAUUCUAAGAAGGCUAACCUCGCAUCGGCAACAGAUUCCUCUCUGUUUUAUUCGUUAACUGAUAUUCACUAUGACAAUUACACUCUUCCAAAAACCACUCCCACAGAUUUUGAAAUAAUUGGAUAUUCUCCUGCAGCAGAUUUUAUCCAAGAUGAGACUGGAUAUGAAGUCAAAUCAGCUGGAUAUCACUACCAAAAUGUCCCAAUUCCGACUCUGCAGCUGAUUACAGAGGUGGCUAUUGGCUUUAACACUACUGAAGCAUGUUCUUCAGGUACUCCUUCAGGGCUUUGACCCACGGAGGAUACUAAAAUUAUUCCUAAUGAAGGGAGCUUCAACUUAAAUAAGGCUUAUACAAAAGAUGGUCUCAAGGACGCAAUCAUGGAAGUUACCUUCCAACUCUUUCAAUUUUCAGACUUGACAAAUCCAAUUUCAAGCAGUCUCUAUUCCAUGGCAUAUGUGGGAGGAAACUAUGUGGUCACUCUUUCAGGACUGCAAGAUGGAUCUUACCUUGCCAGAGCUGUUGCUAAAACAGACCUCCACCAUACUUAUUACGAAUUCACAUUGAUUGUCAAGUGAAUCUCCAACUGCAAAACAUGCUCAAAAAGUGAUAUCUGAGAUGUAUGAGACUCAGGAUAUGUUCUAGACUAUGCCCGCCAAUGUAUCAGUGGAGGAGAAGAGAUUAUUGACGGAUCUAUUGUCCAAGGAUUAGGGGCAGCCAUGGCUGGUGCUAUGCUUACAGCCGGGGCUCUUCAGGGUUCGAUUAGUCCUAAUGUUUGGGUUAUGAUAAACACUCUCCAAAUUUUGAGAACAAUCCUGCUCCUUAAAGUUAAAAUACCUCAAGCUGUAAGACAAACUAUUGAAUCAAGUUCUGUGUUAGCUGCUUUAGAUAUUGGUCUCUACAAUCUCAUAAUACCAGAACCAGGAGAUGAUGCUAGUAUCAUGAAAAUUAUGGAUGGAGAUGAGCUCCUAGGCCAAUAUUUCGAAGAUUAUGGUAUUGAAACCUAUAGGUUCAUUGACUAUACAAUCUCCACUCUUGUCGAUGUUAUUUUCAUUUUCGUCACUACAACUCUCUUAAUGGCUGGUUUAUCAUAUAUUUUCCUGAAAAUCAAAAAGAAAGAUACAUCAGUUAUUAAGAAGAAGCUCAAAUUCAUUUUCUUCGCUAAUGGAUUUGUGAGAAUCUACUUUGAAAUAAUGCUAGAUGGAAUCAUAUAUGUUUUUGUAAAUAUAAGAAGUGCUCAAUUUAAUGGACCAGCAGAUGCUUUCUCAUAUCUAACUCUCGUAGCAUUUGCAUUGAUGGUAAUAGGCUUCAAUCUCUUCAUAGUUUCAUAUGCUGCUUCAACAGAAAUGACAAAAUGGAGCACUAAAUUCCAAGAAAUCCUCACAGAAACCCCAAUGACAAAGGGAGGAGUUUUAGUAUAUCAUCUCACCUUUGUUCUUAGAAGAACUGUCAUUGCUGUGAAUGUGGUAAUGCUAGGAAUACUAGACCCUAACAUCCAUAUAACAAUCCAUUUCCUAAUUCAACUUGUAACAAUAUAAAAAUAAUGCUGUUCUAUCCAAUGUUCGAGGAUAGAUUCCAAAAAGUUAGCAACUUGAUCAUGGAAUUUGCAAUUCUGUAUAUCUUCGGAACCACUUAUUUGUUCCAGAACACAGAGUCAUUCAACGAUGAGGGGAAGUUCUCAGUAUUGCUGGUGUUAUUCUCCUCUCAGAUGAUCCUGAUGGUGAUGACUAUUUCAAAAAGCAUCAAAGAAAUCCUUAUCGAUUACAAAACGAAAAAAGCUAACAGAAACAAGCGUCUUCCAAAUACGUCAGUGAUCACUGAUAAGAACAUAUCAAGAAUCAGUCUUGACCAAGAGAAAGGAUUUGAUAAGUUCGUCAAGGACAAAGCUAAAGAAGACCCUGACUUUAAGAUCGGCCUAAAAGAGGAAGUCAAAGUUCAGAAGAGUAGCGAUGGAGUUGUUUCACCAAUGAGAUACAUAUCGGAGUUUGAGGAAAUGAGUGAAGAAAAGAACAUCAAUGCGAAAAUAGCUGCUGUUCAUAAGAAAUUCUUUAAGAAAGCAAAUGAACAUAGAGAGGCUAAAAAGUCGAAAUUGUCAAAGUUACUGCAUAAAAUGAAAAAGAAGAAGGAGACACUUACAAAAAUGUCAAGUAGUUUCCAGAAAAAGCAUACACUUAACUCUCACAAAACAGUUGAGCCCAAGAAACCAGAAUCAUCCUCUUCAGAAGAUCCUCAGCCAGUCAAAAGAGUUGCAAAUACAGAUAAAUCACAACAAGAAGCGGAUUCAAAUAUCACUAACACCUUCAGAGCUCCUGAAAACCCUCUUACAGACUCUAUUGAUGAUAACCAGGCCUCUCAGAAACCUAAGGAGUCCUUGCCAAGUUCAGAUAACACUUCUAACUUAGAUCAGAUCUCUGUUUUUCAAAGCCCUCCGUUAAAGUCUCCCAAAGAAGAAGUCAAGAAGCAAUAAGUUAACUUUUAAAUUAUUCAGUUUACUGU